AUGUGUACAUUGAAUUGCUGUAGGUCACGCCAUCAACUGGGGAACUGUAGUCUCAGGAAUAGAAAAUGUUUGGUCCAGCAUGCAAACGUUUUUUGGCUUGAUAGCUGGUUUAAAUUGUGCUUCAGUAGAUGGCAAACACUUAAGGGCUUGCUUUAUGUUUGGACAUAUUUGCAGAUUAUGAGGGCAGCAAAAUUGAUUCUUCAUCCACAAUGGAAUGGCAAAUUCCGAGAUGGGUUUGACAUGGCACUGGUGGUGCUACGUAAGGCAGUCCGGAAUGCUGUGCCAAUCUUGUUGCCGGAUGGGCAGUCAAUGAUCAAGCCAAACACGCCAGUUUUUGCUCUGGGAUGGGGUCUGAAUUUCCAGCUGAGUGUGCCCACCAGAGAAUGGGAGCAGGUUCCAAACAGUGCCCUGCAGGGAAUUAGGAUGAGGAUUGUGGACAGCAGGCGCUGCCCACUGAAACUUGAGGAACACCUUCGUCCACAUAUGUUGUGCGCUUAUGAUGCCAUCCAGUGUCCUUGCAAAGGUAGUUUGUUUGAUUUCUUCUGUAUCCGUUUUUCUGACUGUGUGCCACAACACAUUCUCAAUGGGACUGGUUUUCAGUUGAAAGGAAGCUCAAUUUUCCCAUUCAAGAUGUGCUUGCGCUCUAUGUUCUGGAAUGUGGCGAAUAGUGAACCUCCACUUUUGCAGAGCUCCUUUUCACCUUGUUUAUACUGCAGCGAAUGCUAA